CGGCGGCAGCGGCAAAGGCGGCGGCAGAGGCGGCGGCGGUGGCGGGCUAGUACCGGAGGUCCCAAAAAGCAAAAUUUUGAGACUCUAGGGAUCAGGUGCCUGCUAGGGAGGGGGCUGGGCUGUGCUGGCUCUUGGCCAUGCCCAUUUCGGGAAGCAGCUAGGGUCUGAAGGCUAGAAAAAAAGUCCGUGGUGGGGGUGGUCAGCCAUUUGGUUGCGCCCCUGCUCCCCCCACCCUUCGGCAGCUGCGCUUUAACUAAGUGGGGCGGAGCCCUUUUCAACCACCAGUGGCAGCUCAGAGUGGUUCAGUCCUUGCUGGGAUUCGUUUGAGGCAGGCUGGACGCAAGGUCUGCGUCAGAAUUCGUCAGCAGUUAGUUGCUAGCCGCUAGAUUCGUCUUUGGCUGGUCGCUGGAUUCUAGUUCCUUGACUGGAAUUGGUCGGCUCGCACCUGCGAUUCCACAGCAGCUCUUGGGCGUUUGGGCGUUCGGGCGUUUGGUCGUUCGGUCGUUCGGUCGUUCGGUCUUCUGCUUUUUCCUGGUCUUCUUUGGCUGUAAGUACAGACCGUGAAUGAUGGAGAAACUUCUCCAGAUGGUGGAAGGUAUGCAUAUUGAGGAGGCGCCUUCCCGGUCGGGGCUCCAGCCGGAGCCCCCGAGAGCUCAGAAGCGGCCCCUCUCACCGCAGGCUGGCUUGAGCUCUCCUAAAAGGAAAGUUGUGCCUAGAAUGGUAGAGAACAAGCCGUUUGAGGCUGUGAUUUCUGUAGAUGAGAGUAAGGGAGAGGAGAGGAAAGAAACGGCAGGCAGCGGAUUAGAGCGGGAAGCCCCGCAAGCUGAUUCUGUCAAAGGGUUGCUAGAAAGCAAAAAUGAGAAUGUGCCGGUCGGUCUGGGUGACCAGGCUGAGAGGGCUGAGUUUGCCGGGGCAGGAUUAGCUCCGGCAGAGGCUAAGAUUGAGGCAACUGCGGUAGCCGAGAUGGUACCGAAUACGGGGGAGAAGGCGCCGAGUCUCUUGCCUUCCCAGGGCUUGGAAGCAAAAUCUGCUUCCGUAGAGAGCAUGCGUGAAGUUUCUGGGCUAGUCCCUGAGAGUGUGGAUGCUGACAUUAACCGAUCGCCUUCCCGGGCUUCUGACAAAGUAGGGGGACAACCUGUGGCAACUGAAAUGGUCACAGAGAAGGCGGAUACUGCCGCCGCUUUUUCGGCUUCUGAAGGCUCUGAUACAGCUGGGUUUGCUCCUGCCGAGGGCGAGAGCGACAUUGAAAUAGGGGGAAUGCAGGCGGAGGAGGGGCUUCCUUCCACAGGUCUGCCGGCUUCCCAGGGUCCUGACCCAAAAUCGGCUGAUGCGGAGGGGAAAGCUGGAGCCGCUGUUUUACCAUCUGAGGGGGCUGAUGUGAAAUAUGUUGUCCUGGAACGUGAUGCUGGGGGAAACCAAAUGUCUGAGGCAGUGGCUACUGCCCAGAAGGUUUUGUCUCUUGAAAGUGGGGAGAACAAACCUCUCUCUCCUGCAAGCAAGGAUAAGGUUUCUAAGGUGUUACCGGAAUGUGUUGACCCCAGUAUGAAAGUCUUGUUGGUUGAAAGUCGGGGCGGGGAAGGGAUUGUAUCCGAAAGUAAAGGGAUGGAUUCAUCUUUGUUGUCUGAGGCAGGGUCACCUGCUCAGGUUGUCUUGUCUGUUAAAUGUGUUAAGCCUGUAUGUAAGCCUCCCCCGGGGAGCCCAACCCUGGCCCCAGAAAUGAUAGCAGGAAGACUGUCGCCCACCCUCGCUGCCUUGUCGGCACCCCGUCCGGAGACCAGUGACAUGUCCCCGGAGAGCAAACAUGCUGUAAGCGGAAUGCUCUCUGAGAGGGGGUCUCCCACCUCAGACAUCCUGAACUCGGAGGGAUUAGAGGUUAGUUUAUCCCCAGACGGGAAACUGAUUGUGAGCGAGGUAUUACUGGAGACGGGGGCUCCCGGCUCCAGUAUGCUGGACUCAGAGGGUUUGGGCACCAAAUAUGUUACGGAAGACAGAAAGUCCACCAUUUCUGAUGAGAAGGGGUCCGUAACAUCUGGGGCAAGAUGCGCUACACCGGAGAGCAAACCGGGGGUCAGUGGGCUUUUUGUAAAGAUCGCCUCCCCAACGUCAUCCAUCCUGAACUCCGAGGGGCUGCCAGCGGGACGCGUUUUGGAAGAGAGGAAGCACGGAGAACUUGGGAUCAGCCCGGAGGGGGCUUCCGCAGCCCCCCACGAGGACUCCUCUAAAGGUUCCAAGUCCGGCUCCUCUUCGCCAGAGCGUAAGCCUGUCAUUAGCGAACUGUUAACCCUCUCACUACCAUUAAACGCCCCCCCUGCCGAAUGUUCAGAUUCCGACGGUGCCUCCCCAGAGAGGAAGCCUGUCGUCUCCAGAACAUUCCUGGGAAGACUUUCCCCUCCCAUUAGCAUUUCAUCGACAGAGUAUUCAGAUACAGAAUGUCCCUCCCCAGAAGGGGAGCCUUCAGGACCCCGUUCCUUUUCAGGCAGAUUGUCACCUCCCAUUAGUAUCUCUUCUACUGAAUAUUCUGAUGAGGAGUGUGCUUCCCCUGAAAGGAAGCCUUCCGUGCCUCCGGGCUUCAUAGAACUUCAGCCCAGAGCCAUCAGAAUUGCCCCCGCCAGCUACACCCCUCCCGACUACUUUUGCUCUGACCGAAAGCCGGUUGUAACUGGGCUUCUUCCUCUGCCCCUGCCCCUCCCCCUGCCCCUCCCCCUGCCUCUGCCUCUGCCUCUGCCCCUGCCCCAGCCCCAGCCCCAUCCCCAAAGGCGAUCUCCCAACCCCAGCGUUUCUUCCUAUGAGGGGUCUGACACGAGCUGGGCUUCUCCGGAGCGAAAGUCAGUGGUGAGGGGAAGGAUCUCGGGGAGAAUUUCUCCCGAGACCCUGGAGUUUGCCUCUGAGAGCUCUGAGGCGGGCUGCGCUUCCCCGGAGAGGAAGCCGGUCGUGGAGGACAUCUGUCCUGGCAGACUCUCUCCAGACUUAAGUAACUUAUCAUCGUCGGAGUGGUCUGAGGAGAAUAGCAGCGCUUCCCCGGAGAGGAAGCCGGUGGUCCCCAGAACCCUCCUGGGCCGCCUCUCGCCCCCCAUCAGUAUAUCAUCCACUGAAUAUUCAGACACCGAGUGCCCUUCCCCCGAGAGGAAGCCGGCAGGAAGCAGGAUCCCCGAGGGGGGGCUGUCCCCGCCUAUCAGUAUCUCCUCCACCGAGUACUCUGAUAGCGAGUGCCCCUCCCCCGAGAGGAAGCCCCUGGAGCCCGGGAUGUACUUAGGCAGGCUCUCGCCGCCCCUGAGUGUUUCCUCCACCGAAUACCCCCAUCUGGGGUGUUCUUCAGCGGAGAGGAAACCUGUGAUAAGUGGCCUCUUCUUGCCACCAGUGCCUCAGCGCCCCUCUGUACUGUCUGAUGUCCUGGAGAACAGAUGUGUCUCCCCAGAAAACAGGCCUGAGCCACUCUUGUCGGCCACGAGUGUGUUGUCCCCCGGGGGUCUGGAGACCCGAUGCGUCUCCCCAGAGAGCAAACCUACGACCAGUGGGGUGUUCUCAGAGGCUGCCUCUCCCGGCCCAAACGACCUGGCCGAGGAGGCUCUGGAAGAGAGAAGCGAGUCUCCCGAGAGGCCAGUGGGAGCCGAGAUCUUCUCAGAGCCGCUGUUCCCCUCCAGCAGCAUUUUGCCCACAGACUGUUUGGACACUCGUUCCAUUUCCCCCGACACCAAACCUUCCGGCAGCGCAGCUCUGGAAGAGACCCUGUUCUCAGCCACCAACAUCCUGACUCCCGAGUUCUCGGAGACGCGCUGUGUCUCUCCUGGCGGCAAAGCACCAGGAAGUGGGGCGUUCUCGGAGACGCUGUCUCCACCUGCCAACAUCUUGUCCUCUGAAAGCUCAGAGACGACCUGUGCCGCCCCAGAGAGCAAGCCCACCGCCACCGGGCUGCUCUCGGAGACCCUGGCUCCACCCGCAAACAUCUUGGCCUCUGAAAGCGCCGAGACCCCCCCUGUCUCCACUGAGAGCAAGCCUCAAGGGGGCGUCUUCCCUGAAAGACUCUCCCCCCCCAUCAGCGGCUCUUCCACAGGGUCCACGAACUCUGCCACCUCGACCCAGAGCACCAAACCCGUGGUGAGCACUGUGCCCGCACAGGCCCUGCCCCCCCCCAUUAGCACUCCCUCCACCGAGUGUCCGGACACUGGCUUGUCUUCCCCCAAGAGGAAGCCCAUAAUCACCAGGCUGGAGGUGGAGGGAGACGCCCAGGUCACAGGCUUUGUCCCUUCCCUGUGCCACGAGACAAAACUGGCCCCAAGAAUGACUGGACUGGUCCCUGAAAGCGUAGCGGUGGGCGCCGGCGACUCUCAGAGCUCUGAGAGCAAGCCCGGGGCCUCCAGAGUCCUCCGAGAAAGCGCCCCUGCUGCGGCCGGCCUUUUGCCCCGUGCCCCUCCCAGCCCCAGAGGCCGCCCCACAGACAGCGGCCCCGUGGACGCUGUGUUUCCCUCCACGAGCCGCGGGGACACUGAACGCUAUCCCAGGAGCAGGUCUCCCUUCCCCGGCCUCUCCCCCUCCCAGAGGUCCGAACCCAGAAUGCCGCCUCCUGCGGCACCCCGAAUGCCGACCAACAUCGUGGAUCCUUCCUCGCUCCUGCCGGCUUCCCGGGCGUCGGGCCCAAGGCUUGCCUCCGCAGAGAGCACUCCCGAGGAGUCUGGAAUGGCCUCCCAAGGACCGCGUCCCGCGCCAGGCGUCGUGCCCCCUCCGCGUCCGGAGUCAAGAGCCGCGUGCACAGAGAGGAUCUCCCCCACCGCAGGUAUUGGGGCUCUGCUGUAUUGCGAGACCGAAGAUGUUUCCGAUGGUGAACCCGGAGUUUCCGCAGAGUUCUCGGAGGGCAGCUCUCCCACCGCAGGUAUCGGGGCCCUGCUCUACUGUGAGACGGAAGACGUUUCCGAUGGGGAACCUGGGGUUUCCGGAGGGUUCUCGGAGACCAUCUCUCCCACCUCAGGUAUCGGGGCGCUGCUCUACUGUGAGACGGAGGAUGUUUCCGAUGGGGAACUGGUGAUUUCCGGAGAGUUCUCGGAGACCAACUCUCCCAUCAGAGAUAUGGAGGCCCUUCCGUGUUCUGAAGCAAUCGCGGAUUCGGAGAUCAACGUCGUGGUUCCUGGAGCAUCCUCGGGCACUACAGGUACUGGGAGGACCCGUGUAAGUCCUAGAACAAGAAAUGUCUCAGCCGGCCAAGUGGUUGCUAGAGAGAUCUCGGAGACCAUCUCUCCUACCACAGGUGUUGGAGCUCCAUCCUGUUCUCAAACAAGAACUGACUCCAAGAGGAAAUCCUCCGCAGGUACCAAGGCCCGCAAGCGCCCUCAGAAAAAACCUGCGCCAAAAAAGAGUGAGACUGCAGCCGUCAAGAUCAGCGCUCCUGACAAAGAUGAAGAAGAGGUGGAGACAGACGAAACUGAUGACCUUUAAAUGACUGGCGACGCCACAGAGGUUCAGUGAUGGAAGUCUAUGGCAGAGACAGUUGUAGCCACCACAGCCAAGCCAGGUGAGGUGCCACUGCAGCCCUGAGAAGCGACUUGCUCUAUCCAAUCCUGCAGUGAAUUGACCUGGCAGCUAAGAAACUGUUCUGCAAGCAAGAAAGCUAUUCGACCCACUGGGAAUACUGUAUUUGGAAGUGGACUCUUGGGAUACAUGUUUUGUAGCAAUGGCUUUAGGUUGAAACCUUCUUUUGGGGGGGACCAAGGUGAUACAGGGUACAGUGUUUCCCCAGUUCACGGGGAUAUUUGUAUUUUAUUUUCUAUACUAUCUUUUCAGGAAAUAUCCCAUUACAAAGACUAAUUGAUAUUAACCAGUUGAUAAUUAGAAAUCAGCUGGUUAAAUUAAUAGUGGGGCUGUAAUCCAUGAGCAGAUGUGGGGCAGCUAGGUGGAAGUGGAAAGAACACUGAACUAAAGACAGGAAGAUCUGAAUUUAAACCUAAGCUUCAACAUUUACAAGUUGUGUGACCCUGGACAAAUCAUUUAACUUUCUUUGCUGUAUUUGUACCUCAUCUAUAAAAUGAGGGCAUGCUAUGUCCACAGGGUUGCCAAAGCAUACGUGACUGAGCAACCGAUUAAUGAUAACAUUAAGGAGCUACAAACUUAAGCUGCUUAGACGAUACAAAAGAAAUAACUACUCAGUUGAUGUGGGAAGGAAUAUUUCCGAGUUGGGGCUUAAGUUGACAGCAUUAAAAGAACUUUAUUGCCCCCCGAGGAGCACCUCCGGGACCCUUGGGGAAACAAGUCAUUCUCUUGGAACCUGACCUUCAUUGUGGCUCGUGUCGGUUGGGAGAAGUGAGUCCAGAGUUUGACUACACAAAAGAUAUUAAAAUACAUUAUGAAUAUAAAUGAAUAUAUGAAUAUAUAUUAUAUGAGUAUAAAGUGUUAUAGUGGAGUGGUCGUGUUAACAAAUCUGGAAAUCCAGAAAAUCUUUUGAGUUCAUAAAUCUGAGAAUAAAGGAAUUUUUUUUGGAACGGAUGUAACACAUCUGGGAAUAAGGAACAUGUUUGGGAAUAAGGAAAAUCCUCCUAUUUAGAGAUGUCAGGAGCACAAGACUCCUGAGAGGCAAAGGGGAAGAGGGAAAUGUUUGCUAGAUCCAGGCAGUGAUCUAUCUGUGCAGCGGCUUGGGGAAGGAAUGUUAUGUUGUAUAUAGGAAAUGCCAAGCCCGCAAGUUGGAUUGUCACCGUCUAGAGAUGUGUGAAAGGGAAUCAUCAGAGUUAAAACUCAAUUGCUUUUGUUUAAUUGUACAGAAGACAAACCAGUUUCUUUGCUGUGUCUUUUAGUUUAAUUGUUUGAAACAAUAAAUAAUCGUGGCUGGUUUGUAAUAAAAAAAUUAAAUAAAUAAAGGUAUUGUGUGUAUUUAGCUAGAUGUUACUGGCUGUGAUCUAGGGAAAACCUAGAUUAAAAUUCUCCUUGUGAUACUUUGUAGCUGUGUGACCCUAGACAUGAAUCUUUCUGCAACUCAAGCAUCUCAAAAUCAUUUAAGAAGUUAUGGUCUGGGUUGGAGAAAGAGGUUCAACAUCAUGAUUUCCCUGAAUUGCUGAAAUCACGUGUUCUUUUGUGCAUCCAUCUAAUAACAAAAACAUAUGUCCAAAUAGAGAGCAAUUUGGUGCUAUUAAAAAUACCAGCUCCUUUCUUUGCACCUGGGAAAGAAAUUUGUAUUUUUCUUCCCAAAAGCCAAAGCAGUUUGGAGAAAAUGUGUAAAGCUUAUGUUAACUAGUAAAAGUACAAACUGACUUCUGAAAUGCUUCAAAACGCCACACCAUUGUGUAAUUUCUUAUUUAAUUUGUAUGAAUUUGUCUGUUCUAAAAUGUUUUACCAGAGUAAAUCGUCUAUAUUGUGUGUUUAAAAAUGUCCUUAUGAAAUAAAUAUAAUUAUUUUUUUAAAGCCA